GAUAGGAAUCAAUCCUUUGCAGCAUUAGCUGAAGACAGAGCCAUGGGUCUGUGCCUGAAGCAUGUGGGAGUCAUUCCUGGGGAAUCCCGCGAUGGCCUGAACCAAGAGCGUUUCCUGCCCCUCAUGCCGCAAUGGCUAAUGCCUGGAACUGCCACAUGGAAUCGCUACACCGACACCAUCUACUUCAAACCAACGCCACAAAAUUGCUGUUCCACGACUUUAAUUAGCUUUCAUUCAGCGAAUGGUGCGGCCUUUGACCUUCUGGAGUUCUUUCUGUACAAGGUGAGGGUGUUUGGCGACCCCAAGCCCCUGUCGAAGUUACCGCAACGGCUGGGCUUCAGGGAAAUGCAUUCGCUGCUGCGCUAUUGGUCCCAGGUGGUGUCUGAUAACCUGGAAAAGCCAGCAGCUUAAUGUAAUUGCUACACUUUGUGAUAAAUAAACCAAGAAGCAGCCGCGAUGAAGAUUUAUUCCCAUCAAUAAGGACAAAACAA